AUGGGUCAAAGUAAAAAAUCCUCAGAACUCAAUAAAGGUAAGGCUCUAAUGACUAAGAAAAAAGGUAGACCACUAAAAAAAACUAGUUCUGAUGAAGAAUGUAGUUCCAAUGACUACUCCUGCCAUAAAAGUUUAGAUGAAAGCCCCGACAGGCGAAAAAGGGACGAUGCUCAAUGUGUAUGUUGUGAGGCUCUCUUUUCUAAAGACAACUCAGGACUUCUCUCGUGGGACCUCAACGAAUGCUUGGUGGACCUAGAAAAAGAAUUAGCUAUUAUCACCGAGCAGGCUUUGGAAGGAGAAGAAGCCAGAUACGAGUGUAAAGCUACUGCAGCAAUUUAG